AUGCAAAUUUCAACUUCUACCAUCCUCUGUACCCUUGCGGGCUUCCUCGCUCGUACGGCUAGCGCCGCCUUAAUAGCGCAGUGCGACCCCAUCCCGAACUGCCCACCUCACCCCACCACGAUCGAGCAGCAGCGCGCCGUCUUCACCGACUUCAUCAACAUGAUCUACAAGGGCGGCAACGUCACCGAAGCCUACCUGACCUACGUGUCCGAGGACUACAUCCAGCACAACCCAAGCGUUCUCAGCGGGCGGCAGAACGCCAUCGACGCCGUCCAAGGAUUCAUAGACACUGGCGCAACCUUCGACGUCAUGCACACCGCUUUUGACGAUGGCUAUGGCUAUGUGUUUUCGCGAGUGGAUUUUGGGGGGACGGCGCAGCCGGCGGCUGUGGUUGAUGUCCUUAGGCUGAAUGGGAGCUGCAUUGUAGAGCACUGGGAUGUGAUGCAGGUGAAGCCGGCGAAUGCUACAAACCCGCUUGCUAUGUGGUCUUGA